GUGUCGGUGGCGCGCGAGUAGGAAGUGGUGAUUUCUGGAAUAGAGAUGGCCGCGCUUGCUCCGCUGCCCCCACUCCCCCCCCAGUUUAAGAGCAUACAGCAUCAUCUGAGGACGGCUCAGGAACAUGACAAGCGGGACCCUGUGGUGGCUUAUUACUGUCGUUUAUAUGCAAUGCAAACUGGAAUGAAGAUUGAUAGUAAAACUCCUGACUGUCGUAAAUUUUUAUCAAAGCUGAUGGAUCAAUUAGAAGCUCUUAAGAAACAGUUGGGUGAUAAUGAAGCUAUUACUCAAGAAAUAGUUGGUUCUGCUCAUUUGGAGAAUUAUGCUUUGAAAAUGUUUUUGUAUGCGGAUAAUGAAGAUCGUGCUGGACGAUUUCACAAGAACAUGAUCAAGUCCUUCUAUACUGCAAGCCUUUUAAUAGAUGUCAUAACCGUGUUUGGCGAACUCACGGAUGAAAAUGUGAAACACAGAAAAUAUGCAAGGUGGAAGGCAACAUAUAUCCAUAAUUGUUUAAAGAAUGGAGAGACUCCUCAAGCAGGGCCUGUUGGAAUUGAAGAAGAUAAUGUAGACGUUGAAGGAAAUGAAGAUGCUGGAGCAACAUCCCUGCCACCUCAGCCACCUCAGCCAUCAUCUUCAGCUUAUGAUCCCAGCAGCAUGCCGUCAAGCAGCUUCACUGGAAUUCAGAUUCCCCCCGGCGCGCACGCUCCUGCUAACACGCCGGCAGAAGUGCCUCACGGCACAGGUGUAGCAAGUAAUACUCUCCAGCCUACUCCACAGACUGUUCCGGCUGUUGAUCCUGCACUGUUCAGUACAGUUUCCCAGGGGGAUAUCCGUCUAACUCCAGAGGACUUUGCUAGAGCCCAGAAAUACUGCAAAUAUGCUGGCAGUGCUUUGCAAUAUGAAGAUGUCAGCACUGCUGUGCAGAAUCUACAGAAGGCCCUCAAGUUGCUAACUACAGGCAGAGAAUGAAGCCUUUGUACAGUAGAUCCAUGUAUCUUUGGAUUAAAGAACUAACAGUCCAUUACUCUAUCUUCAGCCCAUCAGGAGGAGCACAGUUUUAAGGAAGACUUCAGUCGCAUUGACUAUAACAAUGAAAUCUGUGUCUGUGUAUCAGAUUCCUGUUGAAGCAUUCAGCAGCAGCCUCAACCAGUUUUCAUUGUCCAUUUAGUGGAUCCAGUAAUCUGGUAUAUAGGGCUGAUGUGAGCAAAAUCUAAAAAUGCCCAUUGAAUCCUGCUUCAGAAAAGAAACACACACUUCUAUGAAAUGUAUUAGGGUUCGCAUUGUAUCUUAAUAUUCAUAAAUUAAGGAUUUUUUAAAUCAUAAUUUGAACACACAGACUGUAUUUCUUUGCUAUAAAAUUCUAAAUUUAAGUUUAAAUAAAAAUUGCCAGGUUACACUAGAUUAGAGAUCAUGUUUUUGUUUUCCUCUGGAUUUAUGAACAUCCUAAACUGUUAGAUGGAACUGAAAGGGAUUAUGUUCAUAAUUAAAUUUAUGUUCCUUUUUAAUAUAACUACAUUAAAAGUUAAAAUUUUUAUGGAAGAAAAUAGAAGGUAAAGAGGUGAAGUCACUUUUAGACUUAAGAAUAAUGUUGGCUUCCCAGCUGGUUUCCUUUCUCCAUUGAAACUAAAGUGAAUUGGUAUUUAUUCAUAGGCAGUUUGACUGCAUGUACUAGGGAAUGAAAAGAAGAUAUUUGUAGUAACGCCUGGAAGCUUGGUGCUUAAAUUUAAGGUUCUCCUCUGCUGCUGUGGAAUGGAUUCCAUACAGUGUAUAGCUAGGAGCGAGGCAGAAGAUUAUAAGAAUUUAGACUCUCAGUUGCUAAUUUUAUGUUUUGUGGGAAAAUAUGGACUGUGUGUCACCUGCAUUUGUGCUGUGUAAAAAAUAAAUACAAGGAUUCUUUUAAGUUGUUCAGCUUA